AUGCAUCAGCAUCCCCGGUCGCCGGCGCCCGCGGCGCCCACGUUCCCAAACCGAUCGAACUCGACUCGCCCAGAAGACCAGAGAGAACGCGCCGUGACUCCAAAUUCACCAACUAGGGAAAAUAAUAGCAGAGGAUUGGGGAUCGAAACGGGGUCUGAGUCGGCCGACCAGGCGCAGAAGAAUACACCGCCUGGGAAGGAGGCUAUGGCCAAACUAAAUCAGAUCAUAUCUAAUUAUCAUACCAAGGCUGCUUUGAUUAUUCUUCAUUCUCGUGUUGAGCUUCCCCCCUCCUACAAUAAGGGCUCUGAUACUCCUAAAGUGAAUCGCUGGUUUAAUGUUGAGCUAGAAGACACUGAAGCCCUUCGAGAUCAACUCCGGACUUGGAGAACUUGUGAUGCCACCGAAAGCCGACCGCCGCCCUUGACCAUCGAAACCUACCUGGAUGCAAAAGGACUCACAAAUAACCAAAGCCUCGUGGCUCUCGAUGAAAAUGGGAAACGAUGGGAUGUUUUGGAAUCUCUGGCUGCUUCUCGAGAGGCUUAUUCAAAUAAGCCUUCUCAGUCUAGGUCGAAUGAUAUCAUUCUCGAGAGAUGGUCCAUUGAAUUGGGAGAUCCAUCAAAUAAACCUCCAACUGAUCUAGGCUCUAUCCUACCGACCGUAUAUAAGAAGAGUAUCGUUCUUUUCCGAUCGCUGUUCACGUAUUCCAAAUUCCUCCCUGCAUGGAAGUUCGCGAAACGCAACGGCAAACGGCGGUCAAACCCGGCUCUACGAAUCAAGUAUCGCAUUGUGGAAGGACGUGCGGCCGAUAGUUCGAAACCCGAUCACUUGACACUGCCCUUAUACGAAGGAAGUGGCAAAGUGGUGGAUACAUACAACUUUGGCGUUACAGAGUCCCCUGCUGGGCCAUUCUCCGUGCAGGUCACCUACCGAACCAGCUGCGAUUUCCGGGUCGACGAUUCCGAAGCAUUGCUAAGUUCCCGAUUUAUGGGGGCCGACGACGAGAUCUUUCGGCCAUCAAUCCCGUCUGCGGAUUUGCAUGAGGUCCCGAACCACGAAGUUGGAUCAGUACCCCUUACAAAACGAACCGUUGCGAAUCCGGAUCCUAGUCGUGCCUACGGAAGUUUGUCCACUUUCCACCAUGUCGGUCCUCCAACCGGUGCAAGCCCUAUCUCAGCUCUCCGGGCUGCAAGAGAACCAGGCGCCACAUCUCCAUCCCCAACUGACUCGGCUCCUCGAAAGGUCAUGGCUAAUAAGAUGAGCCCUGCAGGGCGAGCUGCUGCUCUUGCCGGCGAGGGUGGCUCUGGCCAUGGGAGGCGCUCAUCCAUGUCUUUCCAGCCGUUCAAAGCUCCACCUCUUUCUGCAUCUCCCUCGCUCGUUGAUCCCCCGCCCGCAUCGCCUCGUCCAGGAGCCCGGGUGCCCUCUGACUCUAAAAUCAUGCCCCCUCCCUCAAUGGCAGCUUCUGCACGAAAACCUAUACCGGCAACCCCUGAUAAUGUGAUAGCGUCUUCCAAUUCAGCAUCCCCUAGAUCCGCCCCUUUCUCAAGAUACAGCAGUUCUUUUAGUCACCGUCGGAAUCGGCCUUCUUCUGGGGGAAUCAACAGAAUCGAGGACGACAACUCCAGUGGAAGGGUCAGUGCGGCGUCUUCUAGCGCCCAGCCCGGAUCUGGUUUACUUGCAGAACCCACUGGAACAAGUGCCGAUUCCAUUCAUGCAGAUGAUGAGAAUAUCUCGGAAUUUUUGAAGAUGUUGGAUUUGAGAAAGGACCUAAUGAACCCCACAAACUCCACAGCUCUCGAUAGCACUGCACGCAGAACGACCGCUACUAGCGCUGCACUGUCACGCUUCCAACGCAUGCGAGAUUCCAAUGCAGCUCUCUCCGACUCGAUGUCGUCUUCUUUGGUUUUGCAGCGUUCAUCCAACUCCUCGAGCAAGCAGCUUUCAGGGGUUCCACCCAUGGUCGCCGGUACAUCCAUCUCCACCGCUUCUUCCCCUGGAAAACCAAUAUCACCCCACACCCCCCACACCCCCGCUAUACCAUCUCGCCUCAGUUCCAACAGCAUUGCCCACUACUCCGAGGCAGAAACCAGCCUCCCUGAAGAAAGCACGAGUGAUGAGACAGCUGCGCCAAUCAAUGCCAUUGAUAUCCCAAUAUCGCCGCGCCUUUUCGCUCAACCUUUCCGUCGUUCCAGCUCUGCCGUUCAACGUCAACGGUCAACUCCUGCUCCUGCUCCUACCACAGAUGAUGAUGAAAUUUUCCCAUUCGGCAUGCGUAGCGUGAGCCUUGGGGCUGAAGAUAGAUCCAAUAUCAGUCUUGGCGCACGACACAGGCAACAAGAGAUUGAAGCCAAUAACUCCCGUGCUGAUCAACCUCAGAGGGGGGCAUGCCCUUCGUCAAACGACGAGCCAGCUGGACCGUCAACCUCGGCCAGAGGUGCAACAACCUCUGGAGCUCAUGCAACUUCUCUCUCGUCCAAUAACCAUCCAUAUAGUCCACGUUUCAGCUACCGUGGUCGUGGGUUCUCCGGAGGGCAUUCUCUCAGUUCUGCCUCGAGCAGUGCCCGUGGUGCCAACAUUACCUCUCAUUUUGUCGAUCAUGACCGUGACGGCAAUGGAAGCGGCAGCAACAGUGGUCACUCGACAGUGGAGGCCCGACGAGGUUCUGGUCAACGAUCAAACUCUGGUCGUUCUUAUCCGCCUUCGACGAACCCGAUUGAGGAUGAAGAACCUUUGCUCUUUGCCAUGAGUGAUUUUGGCGUACCACGACGAAGUUCUGAAGAAGGCAGACACGGGAGCCAUGGCGAUCCGGGUGGCAACUCCGGGGGCUCAAGACGUGGCAGUGUUCGACGACUUCAAAGUUUCCAUGCCUGGCCCUAG